GUCCACCCAACGAGAGCGCCUCUCGCGCUCAGCAGAUACAGGGUUUAUUAUAUUUGUGCGCGGGUCCGUUUAUAUUGUUGCAAAACAGAUGAAACAUUUUCACUUUUUUGAAAGCAUAUUAGUGUGUCUUUAUAUUGUAAACUUGUCUUGAAAUAGCCUAAAGGUGUUUGCUUGUAGUCUUCAUCAUGCUUCAAUUGUCCAUGUGACAUCUUGUCAAACUGUUUUCGAACGAGGGAACUUUAACCAAAUAAUCAAAUUUCUCUGUCAGUUUGGCUUCCAACACCGACGACUCACCUGCAGUUCGCCAUGGCCACGCGCAUACGACCGGUGAGUGCGCAGUAGGUUGAAGAACAUAUACAAUUCUGAGCUAUGUGCCACAUGCUUAGGCUAUUUAUUUGUUCUUCUCAUAUGUCUAAUGGUUGUCAGUUUCAUUGUAUCAUAGUGUGUCUUUUUGUGUCUGUCUGUCUUUACUGAAUGUUGUCCCUUUACAGAGCAGUAAGCGGUGUGCAGUGAUAGGAGGCUCUGGGUUCCUGGGUAGACACCUGGUAGAGAAGCUCUUGGAUAAGGGCUACACUGUGUCAGUGUUUGACAUCAGACAGAGCUACGAACUACCUGGAGUCACCUUCCACCAGGGAGACCUCUGUGACAAACAGGUGAGUCUGUCUGUCUGUAUAUGAAGAGUCUGUGCACUGAGCUGGUUGGGGCCUUGUUAGGGUCUAUGGCCUUUGUGCCUUGUGUGUACAUGUUAGGCCUGUGUGUGUCUUCGUGUGUGCUUGUGUGUGUCUGCAUCUGGGCAUCAUUGUGUGUCCCUAUCCCAGGCUCUCCUAACAGCCCUCCAAGAUGUCUCCCUGGUGUUCCACUGUGCCUCUCCAGCCCCAGCCAGUGAUGACAAGGCUCUGUUUCAGAGAGUCAACAUCCAGGGGACACAGACUGUCCUACAGGCCUGCACCGAGGCCGGAGUACAGGUAGGGGGCAGUAUAGAGUUACUACUAGACAGACAGGCCUGUCAUACAAUAUAUUACAAUAAAGACAGACUCAAUUCAAUGAAAGAAAUGCUCUGUUAAAAUACUUGGACAUUCUCCCUUCUUUAAUGUAAUUACUGAUCUAGUAAAUAGAUAGUCAGUAAAGGGGACUAACAGUUAAGGUGUUUUUCUGCCUGUCUACUAUAGAAAGUGGUAUUGACCAGCAGUGCCAGUGUCAGGAGCAGGUGCCAGGAGAAGGUGAGGACACUACUACACAGAGACCAAGAUAGAACAGGAGAAGGUGAGGACACCACUACACAGAGACCAAGAUAGAACAGGAGAAGGUGAGGACACUACUACACAGAGACCAAGAUAGAACAGGAGAAGGUGAUGACACUACUACACAGAGACCAAGAUAGAACAGGAGAAGGUGAGGACACCACUUCACAGAGACCAAGAUAGAACAGGAGAAGGUGAGGACACUACUACACAGAGACCAAGAUAGAACAGGAGAAGGUGAGGAAGCUUGUUUAUUUUGUAGAAUAGCCUUAUCAAAGUUAUGUUAAUGGUACCAGAGCAUUGCUAGGGGGGAGAACUUGCCUACACAUUAAGACAUUGAUGCUGACCUAUCCAUACAUGUAACAUACACUCUACAUGCUCCACAUCAGCUCCACAUUAAAUAAGUAAUGUUCUCCUCUAUCUGCAUCUUGUCUCUCUGUGGUGUCUCAGCUGGUUCUGAAGGCCUGUGACAAAGAGAAGGGUCUCCUGACGGUGGCCAUCCGACCUCACGGUAUCUUCGGCCCCCGGGACCCCCAGCUGGUGCCCAUCCUGGUCGACACGGCACGCAGGGGCAAGAUGAAGUUCAUCAUCGGGUCAGUCAGUCAUACACAGGACUGGAAUGAAACAUGGACUCUUCCCUAGACAUAGUGGGAUCAACCAAAGUUAAAGUUUUAUGGAUAUGAUACAUCGCUAACAGACCAGACACUAACUAGAGGUAAGAGACAGAACUAGUCUGUUUGGUAACAUCGCUAAUAGACCAGACACUAACUAGAGGCAAGAGACAGAACUAGUCUGUUUGGUAACAUCGCUGAUAGACCAGACACUAACUAAAGUCUAUUAAUCUAAAGUGGAAGUUGGGAGAGUUCUACAGUAUUUGAGUGUUUCAGUGAAACGUAAGUGAAGGAGGCCCCGCUCUCUCGCUUUCCCAGAUGCUUAGUUCAUUUCAUUCUGAUCUCCUUUGCAUUAUUGUAGCCAUUUUCUGUAGCCUGUCAACUAUGUGUCUGUCUAUCCCUGUUCUCUCCUCUCUGCACAGGCCAUACAAACACUUCACACCGCGUGGCUGCUACCACUCUCUAAUCUGGUGGUCCCUGCGCGCACGACCCACGUGGAGUUCCAGGUCUCCGGUAGCCUCUGGAACUGCCGUUCUGCGGCCAACAAGGCAAGAGUUCAUCUCAGCCUAUGCCACCCUCCAGUCCCUCGACUUCUUGGCGCUGACGGAAACAUGGAUUACCACAGAAAACACUGCUACUCCUACUGCUCUUUCCUCGUCUGAUCAUGUGUUCUCGCAUACCCCGAGAGCAUCUGGUCAGCGCGGCGGUGGCACAGGAAUCCUCAUCUCUCCCAAGUGGACAUUCUCUCUUUUUCCCCUGACCCAUCUGUCUAUCUCCUCAUUUGAAUUCCAUGCUGUCACAGUCACUAGCCCAUUCAAGCUUAACAUCCUUGUCAUUUAUCGCCCUCCAGGUUCCCUUGGAGAGUUCAUCAAUGAGCUUGAUGCCUUGAUAAGUUCCUUUCCUGAGGAUGGCUCACCCCUCACAAUUCUGGGUGACUUUAACCUCCCUACGUCUGCCUUUGACUCAUUUCUCUCUGCCUUCUUCUUUCCACUCCUUUCCUCUUUUGACCUCACCCUCACACCGUCCCCCCUACUCACAAGGCAGGCAAUACGCUUGACCUCAUCUUUACUAGAUGCUGUUCUUCUACUAAUCUCACUGCAACUCCCCUCCAAGUCUCCAACCACUACUUUGUAUCCUUUUCUCUCUCGCUCUCCUCCAACACUACUCACUCUGCCCCUACUCAGAUGGUAAUGUGCCGUCGCAAUCUUCGCUCUCUCUCUCCCACUACUCUCUCCUCUUCCAUCCUAUCAUCUCUUCCCUCUGCUAAAUCCUUCUCCCUCCAAUCUCCUGAUUCUGCCUCCUCAACCCUCCUCUCCUCCCUUUCUGCAUCUUUUGACUCUCUAUGUCCCCUAUCUUCCCGGCCGGCUCGGUCCUCCCCUCCUGCUCCGUGGCUUGACGAUUCAUUGCGAGCUCAGAGAACAGGGCUAUGGGCAGCCGAGCGGAAAUGGAGGAAAACUAGACUCCCUGCGGACCUGUCAUCUUUCCACUCCCUACUCUCUACAUUCUCUUCCUCCAUUUCUGCUGCUAAAGCCACUUUUUACCACUCUAAAUUUCAAGCAUCUGCCUCUAACCCUAGGAAGCUCUUUGCCACCUUCUCCUCCCUGCUGAAUCCUCCUCCUCCUCCCCCUCCCUCCUCCCUCUCUGUGGAUGACUUCGUCAACCAUUUUGAAAAGAAGGUUGACGACAUAUUAAGUCAAAUGACAGCGCUGGUCCUGCUCACACUGCCCUACCCUAUGCUUUGACUUCUUUCUCCCCUCUCUCUCCAGAUGAAAUCUUGCGACUUGUGAUGGCCAGCCGCCCAACAACCUGCCCGCUUGACCCUAUCCCCUCCUCUCUUCUUCAGACCAUUUCCGGAGACCUUCUCCCUUACCUCACCUCACUCAUCAACUCAUCCUUGUCCACUGGCUAUGUCCCUUCCAUCUUCAAGAAAGCGAGAGUUGCACCCAUCCUCAAAAAACCUACACUCGAUCCCUCCGAUGUCAACAACUACAGACCAGUAUCCCUUUUUUCUUUUCUCUCCAAAACUCUUGAGCGUGCCGUCUAUAGCCAACUCUCCUGCUAUCUCUCUCAGAAUGACCUUCUUGAUCCAAACCAGUCAGGUUUCAAGACUGGUCAUUCAACUGAGACUGCUCUUCUCUGUGUCACGGAGGCUCUCUGCACUGCUAAAGCUAACUCUCUCUCCUCUGCUCUCAUCCUUCUAGACCUAUCUGCUGCCUUUGAUACUGUGAACCAUCAGAUCCUCCUCUCCACCCUCUCCGAGUUGGGCAUCUCCGGCGCGGCUCACUCUUGGAUUGCGUCCUACCUGACAGGUCGCUCCAACCAGGUGGCGUGGCGAGAAUCUGUCUCCGCACCACGUGCUCUCACCACUGGUGUCCCCCAGGGCUCAGUUCUAGGCCCUCUCCUAUUCUCUCUAUACACCAAGUCACUUGGCUCUGUCAUAUCCUCACAUGGUCUCUCCUAUCAUUGCUACGCAGAUGACACACAAUUCAUCUUCUCCAUUCCCCCUUCUGAUAACCAGGUGGCGAAUCACAUCUCUGCAUGUCUGGCAGACAUAUCAGUGUGGAUGUCGGAUCACCACCUCAAGCUGAACCUUGGCAAGACAGAGCUGCUCUUCCUCCCGGGGAAGGACUGCCCGCUCCAUGAUCUCGCCAUCACGGUUGACAACUCCGUUGUGUCCUCCUCCUAGAGUGCAAAGAACCUUGGCGUGACCCUGGACAACACCCUGUCGUUCUCCGCUAACAUCAAAGCGGUGACCCGUUCCUGUAGGUUCAUGCUCUACAACAUUCGCAGAAUACGACCCUACCUUACACAGGAAGCGGCACAGAUCCUAAUCCAGGCACUUGUCAUCUCCCGUCUGGAUUACUGCAACUCGCUGUUGGCUGGGCUCCCUGCCUGUGCCAUUAAACCCCUACAACUCAUCCAGAAUGCUGCAGCCCGUCUGGUGUUCAACCUUCCCAAGUUCUCUCACGUCACCCCGCUCCUCCGCACACUCCACUGGCUUCCAGUUGAAGCUCGCAUCUGCUACAAGACCAUGGUGCUUGCCUAUGGAGCUGUGAGGGGAACGGCACCUCCUUACCUUCAGGCUCUGAUCAGUCCCUACACCCAAACGAGGGCAUUGCGUUCUUCCACCUCUGGCCUGCUGGUCCCCCUACCUCUGCGGAAGCACAGUUCCCGCUCAGCCCAGUCAAAACUGUUCGCUGCUCUGGCACCCCAAUGGUGGAACAAGCUCCCUCACGACGCCAGGACAGUGGAGUCACUGACCACCUUCUGGAGACACUUGAAACCCUACCUCUUUAAGGAAUACCUGGGAUAGUAUAAAAGUAAUCCUUCUACUAUAUUUUACUUUUGAGAUUCUUUAUAUAUAUAUAUAUAAAACAAAUAAAUUAUGAAUUAAAAAAUUAGCAAAAUAUUAAAUUGUAAAGUGGUUGUCCCACAGGCUGUCAUAAGGUGAAUGCACCAAUUUGUAAGUGGCUCUGGAUAAGAGCGUCUGCUAAAUGACGUACAUGUAAAUAUGGGGCUGCCCUUGUUGAUGUUGUCUCUCUCUCUGCCUCGGUCUUCUCUCUCUGUCUCUAGUGAUGGUUGUAACCUGGUGGAUUUCACUUUUGUGGAGAAUGUGGUUCAUGGACACAUCCUGGCAGCUGAGAGUCUGAGGCCAGAGUCUCCUAUCUGUGGCAAGGUAGGAACCCUCUAUAUGUCCUAGCUCAUAUGGUAGACCUGCCUGCACUGUGCAACUGUGUGAUGAUGACCAAUAGGGUCAACUGUUCUGUGUUCGAAGAAAGAGAUUCCUUUCGCACUCACACAAUAUUUGUUGGGUUCUAACCUAUGUUCCCUCUAAACUACGCGUGGGCGCGCUGCUCUCAAUCGGACUGCUGCACAGAAGAAAUAUCCACCCUUGCAGAGAAGCACGAGAUUGAACUUCACUCACCUUUCUUGAGUUUUCCCCUUUAGUUAACACUAUCAACGUUUCCCUUUACUGUGGGAAUUGUGAUCGAAUCAACGCAAUGUUAGCCAAUUUCAAUGUAACAUACGGAAACAAAACUAACUAUGCAAGAGAUUUUCUUGCAGGCAGAGCGCAUUGGAGUAGGAUUAUAUUGCAUUGACAGGCACGAGUCAGGCAAGUACUCUACACAGACCGGUGCGCCAUAACCAAUCAGCGCUGCAGUAGGCCUAUAUGCAAAUAGCCAUUGCUAUAUAUGGAUCUGUGCCUUUCACUUUGAACUGGACAAUGUUUAGGCUACAGUAUGAGCGGUCGCGAGGAGGUGCGCUUGUUUUGAGAUCAAAACGAGUGCUGCAUGUAACCACGUGUACACAUUUGUUCAUAUCCUUUGCUAGUUAGUGAGUUAUUAGCCCAGUUAUAGCUCAUUUCUAGUCAACAAUGGGGGAAUAAUUGCUUCCUACAAGAGCACAAAACCUGUGCGUUUCUAGCCAUCUUUGAAAAGCCAGUCAAGUAAAGAGCUUUUUUUUAUGUCUUAAAGGGGCAGUGUUGUAUUUUGAGAUGGUCUUGAAUAAGCUAAGUAGCCAAGAGGAAGAGCGUAGCAUAAUUUGUCUGAUUCUCUGUAAUAAUGGUAUGGGAAUAAUAAUGCAUUUUAUUUUGUAAAGUGGUUUACAUUUACAUUUACAUUUUAGUCAUUUAGCAGACGCUCUUAUCCAGAGCGACUUACAGUUAGUGAAUACAUAUUUUUUUAAAUACUGGCCCCACGUGGGAAUCAAACCCACAACCCUGGCGUUACAAACGCCAUGCUCUAUCAACUGAGCUACAUCCCUGCCGGCCAUUCCCUCCCCUACCCUGGACAACGCUGGGCCAAUUGUGCGCCGCCCAUGAGUCUCCCGGUCGCGGCCGGCUGCGACAGAGCCUGGAUUCGAACCAGGAUCUAGUGGCACAGUUAGCACUGCGAUGCAGUGCCUUAGACCACUGCGCCACUCAGGAGUUAAGGUUUCUUGCAUCAAACACCAUUUUCAGUCACCUCCUUGUUUAAAGGACAAGUGGAUAAACAGGUUAAUGUCAAGCCCUGCAUAUUAAAAAAAAAAAAGUAUCAUGGAAUGUAGGCCUACAUUGAACACCACACAUUGGCUGCUACUGUAGGCUGAAUGAUAGAACAGCUAUUUCCAUAUUUAAAUGUUAUGGGAUGCAUUUCUCUCUAUUGUUUUUGAUGGUAGGCCUCUCUGAACGGCCUACAUUAUGAUCAAAUGGCCACUGUUAAAACUGUAACUUAAAGCAGGUACAGCCUCAGUGUUCACAGUAAUCGCGCGCCGGAAGUUGCACAGAAUUUCAUAACCUUCAAGUUUGCACUCAGCAGACCUUACAUUUGCUCACAUUUUUUUGAGGGAACAUUGGUUCUAACAAACGGCGUCCUCAAUUGCAUAUUCAGAACUUGAACAGAAAUUAUUUUGAACUUAACAACAUAAAUUGAGGUAUUUAGAGCACUAUAUAGGUAGAGAACAUUGAACAGAACAAGGUUAUGUCAAUUACUCAAUUUCACCAAAAAAUGCAGAUAGAACCUUUAUAGUCCCAAGCUGUCGAUAUAGAGCCUGGAAAUACAGUGCAACAAAGUGGGACUUGAAAGGGGUGUGGGCUAAAAUCGAGGCGGGAGAGGGAGAGCCUGCUACAGCUGUAUUAGAUGGGACUUGGAAAAAUUCUGAAAUUCGGCAAUUCAAAUUAAUGUUCCAUCACAGCGGCCAUAUUAUUUAUGGGUUAGGGUUAUUUUUGGGAAGCUCAAUUAAUUGAGUUUGGGCAUAUAAAGUUUAUAUGUGAAAACUAGUUCUAAGAUGCAUACAGAACCAGUCAGAAGUUUGGACACCUACUCAAUCCAGGGUUUUUCUUUUCUUUUUACAAUUUUCUACAUUGUAGAAUAAUAGUGAAGACAUCAAAACUAUGAAAUAACACAUAUGGAAUCAUGUAGUAACCAAAAAAGUGUUAAACAAAUCGAAGAUAUAUUUUACUUUUUAGAUUCUUUAAAGUAGCCAUCCUUUGCCUUCAUGACAGCUUUGCACACUCUUGGCAUUCUCUCAACCAGCUUCAUGAGGUAGUCACCUGGAAUGCAUUUCAAUUAACAGGUGUGCCAUAUUAUGGCAAAAACAGCUCAAAAAAGCAAAGAGAAAUGACAGUCCAUCAUUACUUUAAGAAAUGAAGGUCAGUCAAUCCGGAAAAUUUCAAGAAGUUUCUUCAAGUGCAGUCGCAAAAACCAUCAAGCACUAUGAUGAAACUGGCUCUCAUGAGGACUGCCACAGGAAAGGAAGACCCAGAGUUACCUCUGCUGCAGAGGAUAAGUUCAUUAGAGUUACCGGCCUCAGACAUUGCAGCCCAAAUAAAUGCUUCACAGAGUUCAAGUAACAGACACAUCUCAACAUCAACUGUUCAGAGGAGACUGCGUGAGUCAGGCCUUCAUGGUCUAAUUGCUGCAAGGAAACCACUACUAAAGGACACCAAUAAGAAGAAGAGACUUGCUUGAGCCAAGAAACAUGAGCAAUGGACAUUAUACCGGUGGAAAUCUGUCCUUUGGUCUGAUGAGUCCAAAUUUGAGAUUUUUGGUUCCAACCGCUGUGUCUUUGUGAGAUGCAGAGUAGGUGAACGGACGAUCUCCACAUGUGUGGUUCCCACCGUGAAGCAUGGAGGAGGAGGUUUGGGGGUGCUUUGCUGGUAACACUGUCAGUGAUUUUAUUUAGAAUUCAAGGCACACUUAACCAGCAUGGCUACCACAGCAUUCUGCAGCGAUAUGCCAUCCCAUCUGGUUUGCGCUUAUUAUUAUUAUAUAUUUUUUUUUAACCUUUAUUUAACUAGGCAAUUCAGUUAAGAACAAAUUCUUAUUUACAAUGAUGGCCUACACCGGCCAAACCCGGACGACGCUGGGCCAAAUGUGCAUCGCCCUAUGGGACUCCCAAUCACGGCCGGUUGUGAUACAGCCUGGAAUCAAACCAGGGGGUCUGUAGUGACGCCUCAAGCACUGAGAUGCAGUGCCUUGGACCACUGCGCCAAUCGGGACUAUCAUUUGUUUUUCAACAGGACAAUGACCCAACACAUUGUGUAAAGGCUAUUGGACCAAGAAGGAGAGUGAUGGAGUGCUGCAUCAGAUGAACUGGCCUCCACAAUCCCCCGACCUCAACCCAAUUGAGAUGGUUUGGGAUGAGUUUGAUCGCAGAGUGAAGGAAAAGUAGCCAACAAGUGCUCAGCAUAUGUGGGAACUCCUUCAAGACUGUUGGAAAAGCAUUCCAGGUGAAUGCCAAGAGUGUGCAAAGCUGUCAACAAGGCAAAGGGUGGCUACUUUGAAGAAUAUAAAAUAUUUUGAGUUGUUUAACACUUUUUUGGUUACUACAUGAUUCCAUAUGUGUUAUUUCAUAGUUUUUAUGUCUUCACUAUUAUUCUACAAUGUAGAAAAUAGUAAAAAUAAAGACAAACCCUUGAAUGAGUAGGUGUGUCCAAACUUUUGACUGGUGCUGUACUUUCCGAUUUCCUGAACUCACUUCCUUGUUUAGCCUACAGUAAAUCACUUGCACUGCUUGCACUUUGAUAUCCACAAUGUAGAGGGGAGGUUCUAAGGGUUAUGCUGUAUCAGGGAUCGGCAACUUUUUUGGGGGAACUCAGUCGGGGUCGCAACUUACAGUUGCGAGUUAGAAAGUGCAAUUUCGAAAUUUGGUUGUGCAUCUGCAGUUUUUCUCUUAUGUCAGUCAAUUAGCCCAUGUCAGCUAUUUUUUUUUUUAGAUUGCUAAGUUAGUUUAGUGACCAGUUAUCUAAACUUUUUAUUACUGGCCGGGGGGGCCCUAUUGAUUUUGUUAGUCAGUCUGAAUCAGAUAUUAUAUCAUAUAGUACGCAGACCCAUGAUGAGUUCUGAUUUGUUGUGGCCCCACCCCCAUCAAAGUUGCCCAUUCCUGUGCCAGAUGGUGAUGGACUGAGAGAUCAGCCAAUAAACUCCCGCUAGAUUUUCUUCCCGCUCCUGCCAUAGGCUCCAUUCAAGUCCCUUUCUGAGGCGCUGUGAAACCAGACGGUUCCAAAAAGAAUGAGGUGGCUGGUGGACAAGAUUAGGUUCUAGCCAAUGUAUGGCUACAGAGAAUGAAUAGGAAUGUCUUACCCUAACUCUGUCAAUUUUCUCAAUCCGUAUUGACUGGUCUUCCUCCCCCUCCAGGCGUACCACAUCACUAAUGACGAGCCUGUCCGGUUCUGGGACUUCAUGUCAGAUAUUCUAGUAGGUCUGGGCUAUGCUGCGCCGCGCUACCACCUUCCCUACACACUAGUCUACGGGCUAGCUCUGCUGCUGUGGCUGCUGUCUCUGUUACUACGCCCCCUAGUGGCUUUCAAGCCCACCUUCACCCCCAUGAGGGUGGCCCUGGCAGGUACACACCACUUCUACAGCUGCUCCAGAGCCAAGCAGGACAUGGGGUACAAGCCUGUGGUUAGUCUAAGGGACGGGAUCAGACGCACGGUGGCGAGCUAUCCUCAUCUACGUCAUGGAGCCUGAUGGCUAUACCUGCAAUAUGGUAGCCUAGAAACCAUACUGAUAUGCUCUGUGAAACAAUGGUGAAAUGGAUAAUAUCAGUUUGGAUUCAAGGCUAGUGGUAUGGAACCUCACGGCUAAAUCCUAACUUGAGAUCUAUGCACAUAAAUAAUGCACUGAUGUCAAUGGUUGAAAAACAUUUAAGCUGGCAGUUAUGUGUACAGUUCUCAAGUUAAGAUUCAACCCCAAGGGACGGACUGUGUUUCAUAUUCUCACCAGUGUCUUAAGUCUUGUUCUUUAGGUAAACAAGUUUUCUUUCAAACUCACAUAUAUUUUUUGGCCCAUAAUACUAACUGGGGGUAUGAGCCUUUGAAAUGAGUGUGUUCUCUCAUAAUGUCUGUAGGCCUGUAUGAGGAUCUGUGAACACUCACCUUUUCUAGAACUUUCUGUACUCCAUUUUUGCCUGGCUUCAGUACCUCUCUUCACCAAUAGAGAGCAGCACACAUUUCUUCUCUCUGUGGAAUGAGGAUACACAAUCUAACAUGGAGAUGUUUCCAGCACUUCCUCUUACCAUUAUUCAUGAGCACUCAUUUUGAUGUAUGAGUGAUACAUUUACUGUGACUGUUUUCCCUCUACAGAUAUCUUGUUUCUAUUUUCUUAUACAAAUCACAAUCAAUCAUGCAGUUUGUUCAUUUCAAAUAAAAUAUGUUAUGCCUUACAUUCCCUUAAUCUAAACA